AAUCGCGAAGAUAGGGAACAGCGGCGCUCUUUGGGUGUCGACGAGAACGGAAAGGAGCGAGAAAACGCAGUGCAUGUCGCGCGUCCACGCUUAACCUCAAAGUCGCGCGUGACGGUGUCAUUUUGGCGGCAAGGCCACGUGUGCGCGUUGCCGGGAAACGGACGACACCACAGACAUCUAUAUUAUAUGUCUGUGGACGACACGCAUUCGGCUGAUUCGGCAGUGUUGAAAGGAGGAUCGGGGAAUUUUGUGCAGGGUAGUGUCAAGGUUCAAGGAUGGCGGUGCACCGAAGAAGGACGUCGACGGAGGAGAGCCUGCAGUAUAUCAGGCAAUCCCUGAAAUCGGAAGAAAUGGAUCAUUUGGAAGGGACUCAUUUUGAUAGGCUCAUCCCACACGUGUUUGUUACCUUUGGAGCAUCUGGCGAUCUUGCCAAGAAGAAGAUCUAUCCAACUCUCUGGUGGCUCUUCCGGGACAAUCUUCUGCCGAAACCCACCACUUUCGUCGGUUACGCUAGAAGUAGAUUAACAAAACAACAAUUGCGUGAUAAGUGUCAUCCAUACAUGAACGUGAAGCCGGACGAGACGGAAAAGUAUGAGGAGUUUUGGAAGCUGAAUCACUACGUCGCUGGUUCCUACGAUCAGAAGAAAGACUUUGAGUUACUAAAUCGUGAAUUACAAAAGUUUGAGCAAGAGGACACUGCGCACAGGCUGUUUUAUCUGGCAUUACCACCGAGCGUGUUUGAAAGCGUGACGGUACGCAUCCGGCUUACCUGUAUGGCAGAGAAAGGAUGGACAAGAAUUAUAAUUGAGAAACCAUUCGGCCAUGACGCCGCCUCAUCGCAGAAGCUGUCCGAUCAUCUGGCGACGCUUUUCAGCGAGGAUCAAGUCUACCGUAUCGAUCACUAUCUCGGCAAGGAGAUGGUGCAGAAUCUGAUGACCCUGAGAUUCGGAAACAGGAUUUUCAAUCCGACAUGGAACCGGGACAAUAUAGCCUCGGUGCAGAUCACAUUCAAAGAACCAUUCGGCACCCAGGGUAGAGGUGGCUAUUUCGACGAGUUCGGCAUCAUCAGAGAUGUAAUGCAGAAUCACCUGCUGCAGAUCUUGUCCUUGGUAGCCAUGGAGAAACCCGCGUCUUGUCAACCGGACGAUAUUAGAAACGAGAAGGUGAAGGUGCUCAGAUGCAUCAAAGACCUGCACCUUGAUCAGGUGGUCCUCGGUCAGUACGUCGGAGAUCCAGAUUCUAAGGAUACGGAGGCGCGUUUAGGCUACUUGGACGAUGCCACGGUACCGGCUGGAUCCAACACGCCGACAUUCGCCUUCGCAGUGCUAAAAAUAAACAAUGAGAGGUGGGACGGAGUACCGUUCAUCCUAAGAUGCGGGAAAGCUCUGAACGAAAGGAAAGCGGAAGUUAGAGUACAGUAUCAGGACGUACCGGGUGAUAUCUUCGAUGGGAAGGCAAAAAGGAACGAAUUGGUGAUAAGGGUGCAACCAGGCGAAGCAUUAUAUAUUAAAAUGAUGACGAAGUCACCAGGCAUCACGUUUGACAUGGAGGAAACGGAAUUGGACUUUACCUAUGGCAGUAGAUACAAGGGCCUUAAAUUACCGGACGCCUACGAGAGAUUAAUUUUAGAUGUCUUUUGCGGUUCGCAAAUGCAUUUCGUACGAAAUGAUGAGUUGCACGAGGCAUGGCGGAUAUUCACGCCGCUGCUUCAUCAAAUUGAAAAAGAAAAAAUCCAGCCGAUUCCAUAUAAGUAUGGCUCUCGAGGGCCAAAAGAAGCUGACGACAUGGCGAAGAAAAAUAAUUUCGCGUACUAUGGUUCGUAUAAAUGGGUGAAACCGUGAAAUCAAUGAAAAUCGAUCACUGUGACACAAGAUUUAUGACGCAAAGUAUAAAUCUUAAGAUAUACUGAAAAAUGAUGCAACUGUUGUGACUGACACAUUCCACAAUGUUUGAUAAACCAUUGAUAAUAUAACAAAUAUUUUUUUACAAUUUUAUAUAUAAUAUUUAUAUUCCCUUUUUAUUUUAUCGACAAUAUUUACAUAUCCGAGCUCAUUAUAGUAUGUAAAAAUGUAACGUUUGUUCUCUUGUCGCUGAACUUUCUGCUGUAAUGCUUCAACAAUGCAUUUAAAACGAUUUUUAAUGACAUUGACAAAGAUAAGAUUUGUAACAUAUACAUACAUAUUUUAUGCGCAUGUGCGCACAUAAAUGUAUACACGUGUAUAUGUAAUAUCGAAUAUUUAUUAUGUAAUUUUAUAUUUCGAUUAUUCGACAUUCCAUUCGAUAUUCCUUAUUUUGACUUAAUUUAAAACCUAGAUGUAAUAUGCAGUUUUGUAAUUCUUUACGAUUAAAAAAAUCAAUUGCUAAAUGAUGUACUAUUAUUCUCAUUUUUAUUCUAAUUUGUUUCUA